AUGCGCAUACCGUUACCCAACAGCAUCGCGGCAUGUCGGCCAACGCGCCGCAUGGUGCGGGCCAUCAUCACAUGGAUCCUGCUGACGGGUGUGUCCGUCUUCAUCCUCAUCAGCGGCUACCUCUUCCACGACGACAUCCACUCCAAGAGCACCCGCUACCUCAACGGCGGCGCCGCCGACUACUUCAAGGUUCCCUACAACUACAGCGCCGCCGCCGACUACCACACCGAGGACAACGACCCCGUCGCCACGCCGCUGUGGGCCGAGCUCAUCGGCGAGGUCGCCGCUUACCUGCCCGACAUGGACAUACCCCUCAACGAGAUGAACGAGCCCCGCGUCCUGGUGCCCUUUGAGAAGAUGGCCGAGUACGUCGCCAAGGAGCGCGCCACCCGCGCUCUCGUGAGCAAGGACCUCGUCGACUCGGACUAUGUCGGUCUCGCCGCCGUCGAUUCGGCCCGCGACGAGAGCCCGAUCCUGGCCGUCAAAUGGCUUGGCGAGGCCGAUGCUCGCUACUGGGACCUCGUCCGCGCCGCCUGCGAGCCCGGCACCCCCUCGCGCGACGUGCCCGCCCUGACGAACCUGACCUCGUCGUCGCCCCCGCCCACGCUGCCGUACGAAUGGAUCGCCCCCUUCACGCAGCAGGGCUACAUCGAGAACUUUACGCGCGCCGCCGACCUCUGCCUCCAGCCUCACCUGCGCGCCUUGCACAGUGACUUUGUCGAGCCCUUUGACGUCAAGACGACGCGCGAUCUCAUCCCCAUCUUCACCGGCGGCAAGCUCGGCGUCAACAACGACAUUUUGCUGCCGAGCACCGCCUACCUCGAGGGCGAAAACACGAACCGCAUCGCCCACCUGCUGGGCCCGCUGUGGAAGGACAAGAAGGACCAACUCGUCUUCCGCGGCAUCGCCUCGGGCGGCCGCACCGACGACAGUCCCUGGCGCCACUUUCACCGCCAUCGCCUCGUCGAGAUGCUCAACGGCACCGCCGUGCACCGCAUGGAGCUCGACGCCGCCGCCCACGCCAACACGUUUGACUUUCCGCCGCCCGCUUACUACGGCACGGAGCGCCGCCGCCUGCAAAAGGUCGGCGCCUGGCUGUCCAAGUUUGCCUCGGCCGGCUUCACCAUGUUCGCCUGUGGCGACGAGGCCACGCUGCAGGAGGCGCCGUGCCCGGCCCUGGCCCCCCACGUCCGCAGCACGCCCGCGCCCCGCAAGGGCAAGGCUGCCGACUUUGUGGCCAAGUACAUACCGCUCGUCGACCGCGAGCGCGGCGAGGGCGGCGUCGCCGGCCGCUUCCGCCACACGCUGCUGAGCACGAGUGUGCCCCUCAAGGCGACCGUCUACGCCGAAUGGCACGAUGACCGCCUCGUGCCGUGGCUGCACUUUGUGCCGCUCGACAACACGUUCCGCGACCUGUACAACGUGCUCGACUACUUCACCGACGGCGACGCCGAGCGCGACGACCGUGACGCCGGCGUCUGGGGCCGUGUCGGCAUUGGUCGCAUCAAGCGCGGCGACAAGGCCGCGCGUUGGAUCGCCGAGUCGGGCCGCGCCUGGGCGUCGCGCGUUCUGCGGCGCGAGGACAUGCGCCUCUAUGUGUGGCGGCUGCUGCUCGAGUGGGCGCGCGUCUGUGACGAGAACCGGGAGAGACUGGGUUUCGUCGGUGACCUGGUGUAA